AUCACACACACACAUCCUUCCAUCCACAGCUUGCCUGGCGACCAGCUGGUCUUCCCCCCAUCCUUCCACUCACACCACUGCCUUUCUCCCCAAGUCUUACAAGUGUCGAGCAAAGGUGCGGCAAGGGCAAGAGAGAGGUUGUUACAAGUUCUCGCCUGCGAGAGUCGUGUGGCCAACGAUGCAUCUCUUGAAGCUGCUGCUGCCGGUGCUCUCCAUCAGCUUCGUGGCCGCCCAAACUUGUGACGGUAUCCUCAAGGGCGAUAUUUGCUGCUCGGCUGGAUGCGGGGAAUGUGGCGGGUCCGGGUGUGGCGACCGCGGGGGUGGCUUGACAGGCGAUGACUGCUGCCACUCGGACAUCAUCGCCGCCAACGUCCCGUGUGGGUCCGCACCCUGCAUUCUCGGGGCAUCGGCUUCUACCCCGACCUCUCCGACUCCGACUACCCCCACGCCCACCCCGGACGGCUCAAGCGGCUCGUGCGACGACGGCAUUCUUCAGGGCGAUGUCUGCUGUGUGGCGGAGUGCGAAACCUGCGGGGGGUCGGGAUGCAGCUCGAGGAACGGUCUUACCGGCGACGAGUGCUGUACCGCUAACAUCAAGGCGGCCGGCGUGUCGUGCGGCGAAGCCCCGUGCAUCGUGACUGAUGACUCCCCUUCUCCUACGGACGACGACAACACCCCAAGCCCUCCGUCGCCGUCUAGUUCUUCCUACUCGUUUGCGGGAUGUUACGUCGACAGCCCGGACCGUGUCUUGUCCGGCGACUCGAUGAUGUCGGUGAACAGCGUCAUGACCACCGCGUACUGCGCCGACUUCUGCGAGGGUUCGGAUUACUUCGGGGUUCAGUUCGGAUACGAGUGCUUCUGUUCUUCCAGCGGUGACACUCCGGAUGAACUGGGUGAGUCCGAAGACUGCGAAAUGGCCUGCAGCGGAGACUCGAGCGAGAUUUGCGGAGGAUCCUACGCCAUCCAGGUGUACGAGUACUCGGAUGAUGACGACACACCGACUCCCGUUACCCCCACACCGUCCGGCGACGGUGACUACGAGUCAGUCGGAUGCUUUGUGGACGACAGUUCCGACCGCGUGCUCUCGGGCGACUCGAUGUUGAGCAUCAACAGCGUCAUGACAGCGGCGUACUGCGCCGACUUCUGUGAGGGCUCUACCUACUUCGGGACUGAGUACGCAUUCGAGUGCUUCUGUUCUUCCAGCGGCGACUCUCCGGACGAGCUCGGUGAGGCCUCCAACUGCGACAUGACCUGCAGCGGAGACUCGAGCGAGACAUGCGGAGGAUUCAACGCCAUCCAAGUGUACAUGCUUGAGGACGGCCCGGCACCCACCCCUGUUGCUCCUUCCCCCACCCCGGCGGUUGGUGAAUGGGAAGUUCCCGAUCCUUCCCCCACGAGCAACCCGUCCCCCACCCCGUUGAUGGAAAUCUCCAGCAGCUGCGGGGACGAUGAGGACCGGCCUUCUUUCCGUUACGCCGCCAGCAGCGGAGUCGCCGGUCGCCUGUACGCCGAAGGCGAAGGAUGCUUCACCAUGACCGACCUGUACAACUUCCGUGGCACGGAAAACGACGGAUCCUCCAAGGGCCCGGUGUACAUGCUGGACGAUGAUGGCACCAAGCUCGACAUCCCAUCCGGCAUCACCAACAACUGGCUCCUCGCCGCCGAGCUUUACAUCACCGGCGGUGGUGUGUUCUACUGCAAGGGAACCAGCGCUGGGGGAGACUGCAACCAGCUCCGUAUCCAGUCUACUGGCUCGGACGACUUCCACGAGGUCCGCGGGCACGGAGGUAGCUUGUAUUUCGAGGACACCAUCGUUACCUCGUGGGACACCCCGAACAAGGAGCCCCAGGAGACGUACGAGAACGGCCGUUCGUUCCUUAACUGCGUGUCCGAGAAGCUCACCGGCGACGAUUGCGAGGGCAACGCCAAGAACGAGAUGGGAGAGUGCCGGAUGGACAUUAUCAACUCUGAGAUCGCCUACCUAGGUUACUUCGACUCUGAGUCCUACGGCAUGACGUGGAAGGUGCGCGGAUUCUGCAAGGACCUCUCCAACCCGGAGGUGUUCGAGCUCACCAACGUUUACGGCGACCUGACGGGAUCCGACAUUCACCACCUCUACUAUGGGCACUACAGCUACGGGCACCAGGGCGGUGUUUGGACCAACAACAAGAUGCACGACAACUGGCAGUACGGCUUCGACCCCCACGACGACUCUGACUACCUCACGAUCGCGUACAACGAGGUGUACAACAACGUCAACCACGGGAUCAUCGCUUCCAAGCGCUGCAACAACGUAAAGAUCUUCGAGAACGAAGUCAGGGAUGGUGGCGCCGCCGCCGCGGGAAUCUUCCUUCACCGCAGCUCGGACGGCGCCGCAGUCUUCGACAACACCAUCACGAACAUGCAGGACGCUGGUAUCGCCAUGCUGGAGUCUUUCGAUGCUCAGAUCUACGGCAACAUCAUCAACGGUGCCAAGUACGGCAUCCGCAUGAGCCUUGGCUCGGGCAACAACGAAGUGUACCAGAACUCCUUCACGGACAUCUCCCAAUACGGUCUGUACACUUACGAGGGAAGCGAUGAGCCGGACGUGUCAGACGGCCGCCCGUCGGGCAACGUGCUGGCUCUCAACCUGGUGGAGGACUGCCCCAUCGGUGUCAAGAUCAAGGAGGGAGACGAUAACGAGUUCUACCAAAACACGUUCAUCAACGUGGAUGCCUUCGAGUUCCCGGAGUCGACCAACACUAUGUGGAGCGGGAACGACAUCGGUGACGGCUGCAUAGAAGAGGAUGACGAGUUCGAUGCGGCGUCGGGAUCAGACAGCAUCCCCAUCUGCUAAUAUUCAAUUGCUUUUGCGGCUUCGAAUAGCGUUCGCAUUUUGACCCAGUUGGUUUUUUAGGUGGUUCUGGUAUCGGGAUGGGAUGGUUGCAUAUCCCACGCGACCAAUAUGGGCUCAGUUGGGAAACAAGGAGGGGUCUAGACUCGUUUCGCUGAUUCCAGCCGCUCUUGCAAUUGCCAUGGAGCGGCUUAGACGACCACGUGCUUGUUUUCUUUCGCUUUCGCUCGAGAAGAUUAGGGGGGUCAAUGACCCGUCCCGCCCUGAAGCUUCUGAACGGCAUGUGCGCAACAGGCCUCGGGAGUUGUGGAGUUGUCCCCUGAAUGUAUUUUACCUUGUUUCCGUAGCAAACGCAAUUGGUUGUUGACGCUCUUGUGACGUGUGCGUAUAUGCAUAGAUGGCGUGACCUCGAGUAACUAUAAAUUGAAUACUGGUGUCUUGCUUUCGAAGUCGCCAGCCCACCCUGUACUUUGGUGCGGGAGAGAAUCACACAUGAAUGUCAGGAGGACCGGCAGUGUGGGCCCUGGCUUGCAACGUGUCUUGUGAGCUAGCUCCCCGGCUUUUUUCGGACAAAUGUUGUCGGUAGUCGCAGGCAAACGAUGAAAGUUCACGUUACCCUCGUGAGGAGUUCUCCUACGGUCGUUUUGUGUGUUGUGGAUGCCCACACAGCUUGUCGUUCGUGGGAAUUGGCUGGGUGUAGUGUGACUCUGGAGGUCCCAGGAUUUCCUUCUGUGUUUUGACAUGAAUCAUGAGGUGCGGUUACCCGCAUGUUCGGCGAGGCUUACUCUAAAAGAAACCAAUCGGGCUGUGUCCUGGUUGUAUGUCGUAGGUGGUCUGUUCUGACCUAAGUCCAGGUAACACUAGAGAUGCGCUGCUUUUGGUUUUGGUGCCACUUUGGUCUUGUGAUGAUUGUUGUAUAGAAGUAUUCUAUACUACGUGUCUUGCUGUCGUGAACUCGGAGAAUAUCCACGCUUUGCUAUUGUACCAGAGCGCCGUGGCUCACAUCUCCCGUUCGCGUCGGCCAAGUUUCCAGGGAGUGGGCUCGUGUGUUGCCUUAUUUGUUUCCAUGUGUGCUACGUACGUAUGCGUUGGUACAAACAAACAAUUUUUGGGGGUCCCUGUACUAUAUCUGAAAACAAGUACUCGGAAAGGCGCUGUUUUAAUAAUUGCUUUGUGGGAUGUCCUGGUAUUGUCGUGUGAGAAUGGAAUAUAACGACUAAUGCUGUACUUUGUUCCAAAUUGUCAAGAUUAUUAUCAAGAAGUUGGUUGGCCACAUUGGUUGUUCUUGUGGGUCACACGAGACAAUGUGUGGCCAUUGCCUUACUGAUCGGCGUCGUGUCAACGUGUUUCAUUUACAGUAUUUGGUUAUUUUGAAGGGAGAGAAGUAAAAAGGCGGGGGCGGGUCGGGGGAACGUUUUUGUACUGCUAGCUGUAGCCAGUCCCCGUUGAUGCUGUCCGCCGUUCGUUGUUGAAUGCGCUAUGAUGCAAUAUGUUCUCUCGCGUUUUAUUUUGGAAGCGGGACACAACAACGACUGGGAUCCACGGAGACGAUGGGUUUCUCGGGUGGAAGUUGCACCCAUUAUAGCUAUGUGUACAAAGGAAAACAUAUUUAUGUGGUG